GUCUUAUCUACGUACUCGGUUUGACUACCCUCAGAUUCCGUGGAGUGCAAUAAGAAGGGAACAUGACAAGUUAUUGACGGCGGCUUUAGUGACAGAAUGUGCUUAUCGUUUAAUCAUGUAGCUAAUCUCUCCUCCCUCCCCCUUAAUCCUCUUUAUCAUGUGACACUUAGAACCAAACAACAAGGCACAAGAUUAAAGUAAAAUCAAGAAAUGAGAAACGCAUGUUAGUAAUUUAAUGACAAGUUUUCGUCGUUAUAUUAUUUAUUCGAUUGAUUUUCUAUUUUUCCUUUUCACGUUCUCGAAAGUUUUGUUAGCUUGCUCUUUGUGUAACGUAAUUUCUUUUCAUAUUAUUUUCCUAUUUCAUCAUGGUCUUCCCGCUGUAAGCCAGCCAGCCAGCUCGUCAGCAGCAGUAAAAGCAGCUGAUCGUGUGUAAGCAGCUGAUCGUGUGUAAACAAGCACGCUACGCUGCUCGCCUAUCCCUCGGCCCUCGCUCCUCGCUUUGCCACAUCUGUAACACCAUAACCCCUUCAGUACUGGAGCAUAUUUUUAACAUGAGUUUUAGUGAGCUGUAACCCAACCAAGAGUGAUCAUUCUCAGCAUCUGGGUUGAGCUGAAGAAUUCACGGACUUGGUUCAAAAUGCCUACCUUCAUGGACACUAAUUUUGUUCCGUAUGGUUCCCCAACAGCUCCCCCUGCACACCACUUUGAGCCUCAGCCACCCUACCCUGGCCCUCCACCACCACCUCCAUAUGACACUGCAGGAACUUUUUCAUAUGGAUUCCAAUCUCCUCCUCCACCAUAUUCAGGCAACACUACCCCAGGCUACUACCAGGCAUAUUCACCUACUGCUCCUGGUCCUUAUGUACCUCCACCUGCUGCACCUGGCCCAUACGUUUCACCGCCCAUGCCACCAGGAAGUUAUGGCCUGUACCCAGACCUCACACAGCUGCAGCAGCCACCACAAGCACCUGCACCAUAUGGCAGCAGUGGCGGCACAACCAGUCCUCCAGUCCCUGCUCGUCCUGCUCCUCCUCCACCGGGCCAGGGUGGUCUCACAACACCAGAUGGAUGCUCACCAACUCAAACAAGUUCCUUUGCUCACCUGAAGGAAGGGGAGACACCAGCCGGCCAUGUGGUUCAGUGGCGGGGAGGAGAUGGUUUGCAGAUCUUCUUCUUACAGCAAGAAGGGCAUGUGGUUUCUCCCAAAAGACCUCUCAUCAUGACCAUCUACAAGAGAAUAUGUUCUCCAGGGAAUUCCGAGGGUAUGGUGGAGGUGCAUGGCUGCUGGCGGCUCAGGCUUGUGGCUGGAACCACUCCCAUUCUGCACACUUCUCCUGAUUGUUACACCUUCAUGGAUACUUCAACCAAUCCUAGCCGUGUAGUGAUUCUACAGAUGUCAACACAGUUGACGAAGAAAAUGAGUGAGGAUCUUCUGGAUCUACUGACUGAGUUGACUGAUCUACGAAAUGAAGAAGGCGGUGUGGUAGAGAAGGUGACAACAGGUGUUGCUACAGUGUAUGAUGAUUUGACCCAUAAACUGAACACUGUUGUGAAAGACACUGUCCCAAAUGCACAUAAGAGCACCAAGUGGCUGAGGAAGGGGACAGGAUCACUAGUGAGAAUUGGAGGCAAUCUGGUUUCUCGAGGAAUUCAUCUUGUUGCUGAUCACAUUCCUGCCAAUGACAAACCACAGCAGGAAGAAUCUCCUGCCCAUGCAGAACUCCUGACUCGCCUCAAGAUGUACAAGAAAUGUGUGGAGGAGAACAGCAUCACCUAUGUAAACUGAAAUUAUUCUGUUGCGGGAAACAUGGCUGUGAAAAGGAACACCCACUGCUCUCAAUAACAGUACGAUAAUUGAAAGAAUACUUAACACACUUUCUACUUAAGCCUCAAGAGGCUAACAAAAUUAUAUAUAUAU